UGAACUCAGAUAUAGUUUCUCUGACUUCGUCCGCGUUCGGUCAAUAAUUUAUUCAGUAUUUCUCAGUGUCUCUGAUCUCCAGUCAUCCCCUGAAGAUACCAAACAGGGAAAGAUUUAAGAGAGAGAGAGAGAGAGAGAGAGAGAGAGAGAGAGGAGGGAGAUGACGGAGACGGAGGGCUCGCCGCCGCCGCAGCAGCUGACCGGAGUUGUGAUAAUAACACUGCCACCGCCGGGUAACCCAUGUCUAGGCAAAACAAUUACUGCCUAUACAAUCUCCGACGACUUUUCACCACCCACAGAACUCCGAAACGACCCAGUAUGGCAGCCGCCGCCGCCACCGCCGCCGCAACAGAACCAAACCCCUCAAGUCUCUGUCUCCCACUUCCAGCGCCAAAGGAGGGUCUUUGGUCGCCCGAUGGGGCUUCUUUCAGUUCUGGGUAUCUCUCUAGUUGCCUUGUUCGCCUGGUUCUCGCUUACCCAAGAAAUCGUGUGGGAAUUGGCUGAUUCUUCUGACGAUGAUCGCAGAGCCAAUACCACGUUCCUCUUGCCCUUGCACCCCAAAACGGGUCUUCACGGAAAUUCCGAUUUGGAGGUUAAAUUGGGCAGGUUUAAGAAGCUUCAAUCUGAUCUUGUGAUGGAAACAGUGGAGAGUACUGCUGGAGUUCAUGGAAAGAUUAGGAAUUCUGUGGCCGCAGUUGCAAAGCUCAACUCAACUAGUUUUCCCCUCAAGGGCAACAUUUAUCCUGAUGGGUUAUAUUACACUUAUGCGCUCAUAGGGAAUCCUCCUAAGCCCUACUUUCUUGACGUGGAUACCGGGAGUGAUUUGACAUGGAUUCAGUGCGAUGCUCCAUGCACUAGCUGCGCCAAGGGAGCUCAUCCUUACUACAAGCCUGCAGAAGGCAACAUCAUACAGCCGGAGGACUCGUAUUGUUUUGAAGUUAAGAAAGAUCAAGAAAACAUCUAUUGCGAAACUUGUCAUCAAUGCGAUUAUGAAGUAGAAUAUGCAGAUCGUAGCUCUUCAUUGGGGGUUCUUCUGAGGGAUGAAACUCGACUAAUGGUUGCCAAUGGAACAUUGUGCACAUCAACCAUCAUUUUCGGAUGUGGAUAUGAUCAGCAAGGCUCUCUUCUAGACACAUUGGCAAAGACAGAUGGAAUCCUAGGACUUAGCAGAGCCAAAAUUAGCUUGCCUUCACAAUUGGCAAGCCAAGGGCUUAUAGAAAACGUUGUAGGACAUUGCCUUUCUAGUGAUGCAGCUGGUGGAGGCUACAUGUUCUUUGGCAAUGACUAUGUCCCAGAUGGGAAGAUGGCAUGGGUACCUAUGCUUGAUGGCCCUUAUGAGAAUCUUUAUCAAACAGAAGUACUCAAAAUGCGUUAUGGAGGAAAGGAUCUAUCCUUGGACAAUCCGAGUGGAGGGCAGGGAAUUGUAAUUUUUGAUAGUGGUAGUUCUUAUACAUACUUCACCGGGAGAGCAUACAAGGAUCUAGUUUCUAUUCUUAAUGAUGUUUCUAGUAAAGACCUUGUCCGGGAUCCAUCAGAUACAACAUUGCCCAUUUGCUGGAAAGCUGAAUUUGCAAUAAGGUCUGUAUCAGAUGUAAGUCGGUUUUUCAAACCGUUAAACCUUCAAUUUGGAAGCAAGUGGUGGAUAGUGUCGAAAAUACUUCAGAUUCCUCCAGAAGGCUACUUGGUUAUAAGUAAAAAGGGUAACGUGUGCUUGGGUAUACUCGAUGGAAGUAAAAUAGAUCACGGAUUUACCUUUAUACUCGGAGAUAUUACAUUGCGGGGUCAGCUAUUUGCAUACGACAAUGUGAAGCAGCGAAUCGGAUGGGUAAAAUCAAAUUGCGCCUCACCAAAAAAAAUUAUGAGCCUUCCAUUUUCUUGAGGAUCUUCAUAGUGGAUGGUUGUGUGAGAUGGGAUCAGAGGCAUUGCUUUUGGGUUUUGGAUGCAUAGCUUACAGCUAUGUUUUGGUUAUAAGUAUUUGGGGAGUAAAUACUUAAUGUAACACGAGUAGGAAGUUGAUGUACAUAUUGGACACCUUCAUAAUGUUUAUGCUAGCUUUUUAUAAUUGCAUUA